AUGGGCCUGCGUGGGAAAAGCUCCCCAGGAGAAGCAAAGCUGCCCAAAUCCACCGCUGUCUUGCCAGUGCCCUGGAACGAGAUCCAUUUCCAACCCAUUCCCAUGUGGUGGUUUCAGUCGUCCGGCAGAGGUGAGCAGAGCCCCGGUGGCGGGAGAGAAGGGUUUGGAGAUGGCAUGAAGGAGUCAGUCUGUGCGCCCAGGGCGAAGAGUGCAAACCUGGAGCACCCCUGGUCAAAGUCUCUCACUGAGGAACGUCAAGAGCUGGGAAAGCCGCCCACGAUGGAUCGCCUCCUUCUGGCUCUGCUUUUCCUGUUGCAAGGGGUCGAUGGAAGCAGCCGCCACGCAGAAGACUUUAGAUUUUGUGGCGAAAGAAACCAAACGAAGAAAAGCCAUAUCACUUAUCAGAUGCGGCCAGAGAACAUCAUCAUCACCAUCGAGAACAGUGCUGACACGCUGAAGAUAAGUGCGCCAUUCCCAUUAAACCUUGUAAACUUCUCUUUACCUGACAACUUGGGGAACUACCGCUUCUGCCUCUACUGGUACCAAAGGAAUAGGAUUUUCAACCUCACGUACGGCAAACACAACUACACGCUGAGUACCGAGGCAGAGCCUUCCUUCAACUUUUCAAACCCAAGCACACCACAGAAUAGAAGUGGGGUUCCUGUGCUUUCCAGCGUGUCCUACGCCUACGGCAAAGGCCUGCGGAACACCUCCCUCAGCAGCGCCGCUGUUUACUCCUUCUCCAUCCGUGCGACUGCUGAAGACAUCAGGGUGCAUGAGAUUGAAGAAGGAUUAAGGAUUUUAGCAAACUACAUGAAGAAACCUACUGGAAGAAGGACCAUUGCACCAUAUGAGAGACUUCUGCGUUUGGAAUCGGACCUGAGACAGGUGGUGUUUGAAGGGGAGAGCGAGACUUUUGGGACGAGUACAGUCCGUGCGACUGUUUUGAAGAUAGGGCCCCGCAAAGCCUCCCAGGAUCUGCCCUUCAUGUCUGAACUGGAGGUGGGCAGAGAGGUCCAUGGCUUUGAGGUGAAUCUGCCCAAGAUCCUCUUUGCACAGGUGAAGGGCAGGCGGAGGAACGCUGAGGAGCGAGUGGUCCUGAUGGAUAUCAACAACAAGGCCCUUUUCCAGGACCAGAACAGCAGCAGGGUGCUCGGUGAAAAGGUGAUUGGCAUCACCGUGGGGAACACCUCCGUAUCAGGCCUCCGACAGGACGUGGUCCUCAAAUUCUUUCAUGUCCAGCUGCCGAGGAACAUGACUCCACGGUGCGUGUUCUGGGACGUGGACUCCAGCCAUGGCCGCGGCAGCUGGAAAAGUGAUGGCUGUGAAACAGAGAUGGGUAAUAACCAGACAGUCUGUCGUUGCAACCACCUCACCUAUUUUGCUGUGCUGAUGAUGUCCUCUCCAGAGAUAGAUUACAUCCACAAGGAGUACCUGACGAUUAUCACCUACAUUGGCUGCAUUAUCUCAGCUGUGGCUUCCCUCUUCACCAUCAUCUUCUUCUGCUGCUGCUCCAGGAGGAAGCACAGAGACGGCACCGUAAACAUCUACAUUCACAUGAACCUGCUGGGGGCCAUCUUCCUGCUGGACGUGAGCUUCCUCAUCACUGAGCACUUGGCCUCCAUCGGCAGCGAGGCAGCCUGCAAAGCCAGCGGCAUGUUCCUGCACCUCUCCCUGCUGUGCUGCCUGACCUGGAUGGGCAUUGAGGGCUACAAUCUCUACAGGCUGGUGGUGAAGGUCUUCAACACCUACGUGGAGCACUUCAUUCUCAAGCUCUGCCUGGUGGGCUGGGGGCUUCCCAUCUUUAUCGUGGGUGUGAUCUUCCUGGCGAAUCAGAGAAAUUAUGGACCAUUCCCCAUUGCAGUAGUUGAAUCCCUUGAGAAAUCCACCAAUGCAACCAUAUGCUGGAUCACAGCCCCCCUGAUCCAUAACAUAGUCAACCGGGGCUUCUUCAGCCUGGUGUUCCUCUUCAACACGGCCAUGCUGGGAGCCAUGGUGCGGGAGAUCCUCAGGCAGAGGAACAGAGGCCACGAGCUUAAGCACGCCCUGGUUCUCCUGGGCCUGAGCCUCGUGCUGGGCAUCCCCUGGGCCCUGGCGUUCUUCUCCUUUUCCUCGGGAUCGUUCCGGCUCGUCGUCAUCUACCUCUUCACCAUCAUCAACACUUUGCAAGGCUUCCUCAUCUUCCUCUGGUACUGGACAAUGGUGCUGCAGGUCAGAAAGUCAAAGUCCUACCCCUCACUGAACAACUCCGACAGCACCAGGUUGCCGAUCAGCACCAGCCGCACAAGCGCAGACUGAAUCACCCGCUUUCUCUGGUCACAGCUGGGACUGUCUCUGCCCCGUGAGUCAAGAACCAGGGAUCGCACUCCCGGAGGGGAGGUGGAGGCAUCACGUUUGUCUGAUGCUCCUGCUUUGCUACACGCGGCCACGUAUAAUCACAAGGAAUGUAGAGAAAUUCACACACUCCCAGACACUCUGAACUGCCAGCAUAGAGUCUGUUAUACGCUAAGAGCACGGCAGCGGCUCGGUUUCUCUCUGCACAUUCCCUUCUGGAUCUCUCAGGUCCAGCCCUACCUGGUUCCCAUUGCAUUAAACACCAUUCUUGUAUCACACGCACACACCUGGGCUCCCAGGUAGAUCACCACUUCAGUAUAAAGUCACUGGAAAAGACAGAGGGUGUUAUAAGCCAGCAAGGGCUGCAGCCUUCGCUGACAGGGGAUCGGGGACUUAGUCUGUUUCAUGCUCCUUUUACAGCUCUUUCCACAUCACAGCCUAGAGGAAGGGCAGGGGAGAGCCUGGAAUCCACCGUUCCCAGGGCUCCAGUCACAUCAGGCAGCUGCCAAGUGACUCCCCAAGUGCAGAGGAGAGAUUGGGCAGCUGUAAAGGUUUCAUUUUCUUCAGAAUGCAGCACAGGCCCAUGAGCGGCUGUGGCAGGUCCAGACUGGACCAGGCACGUGGGGGCUAUGUGCCCCUUAGGUAACAAGGCCUGGGGGGUGCCGUCACCCCUCCUGCCCAAGGUGUGUGGGGUGCUUCUGGGGGAGAGUGCGGCCAUGGGGCUGUAGCAGACAGCCCUCAGUGUACAGGUGCAACUCAGCGCUGUGUCUCCCAUUCAUCAGACCUGCAUGCUGUUCUGCAGUGAUUCCCCAACAGCUACCCAGCCCUGGGCCUGAACGAUCAGGCCAGCCAGGGCAGAGGUGAUGCUAGAGAGUUGGAGGGAUGCUCCAGAGGCCAUGGCAGAGCUGGAGAUCGCGGAUCCCAUUCCUGAAGGGGGCUGGUCCUCCUGUCGCAUUGUAAUGUGGUGAUGUCCUGGGGUUCUUCACGUGGGCCUAGAAUCCCAGCUUGCUUCAAUGAUUGUGAAAGCCUCUUUUCAUCAGCAGCUGGCCAGGAACGGUCACCCUUCUCUUGCACAUCUGGCUUUCACUUAUCCUAGGGUUACCAUAUUUCAACUUUCAAAAAAGAGGACACUCCACGGGGUAGCCCUACCCCCUAGCCACUCCCUCCCACUUCCCGCCUCCUACAGAACCCCCAACCCAUCCAACCCCCCCUGCUCCUUGUCCCCUGAUCGCCCCUUCCCGGGACCCCACCCCCUAUCUAAGCCUCCCUUGUCCUUGUCCCCGACUGCCCCCUCCUGAGACACCCCCACCCUAACUGCCCCCCUAGGAUCCCACUCCCUACCUGUCCCCUAACUGUUCUGACUCCUAUCCAGACCCCCGCCCCCGCCAGAUCCCCAGGACUCCCACGCCUAUCCAACCGCUGCCUGUCCCCUGAUUGCCCCCCCAAACCCAUCUCACCCUCCCUGUCCCCUGACUGCCCCAAUCCCUCUCCACACCCCUGCCCCCUGACGGGCCCCCCCACAGAACCCCCGACCCCUUCAACCCCCCCUGCUCCCUGUCCCCUGACUGCUCCGAUCCCUCUCCACACCUCCGACAGCCCCCCCACAGAAUCUCCGACCCCUUCAACCCCCCCUGCUCCCUGUCCCCUGACUGCUCCAAUCCCUCUCCACACCCACACCCCCUGACAGCCCCCCCCAUAACUCCCAACUCAUUGAAACCUCUCCCUGCUCCCUGACUACCCCCCGGGACUCCCCUUACCACCAUGCCGCUCGAGCCACUGGCUCCACGUAGAGCAGGCUGCCACGCUGCCGUGUGCAUAGCCCCUCCCCCACAGAGUGCUGAGGCAGGGGGAAGGGGAAGCGGGGUAGGGGCUCUGGCUGCUGGAAGCCAAUGGGAGCGGCUCAAUUGGGCCCAGCCACCCUAUCAGCCGUGCCGCACUCUGCAUGGAGGGGGAGGGGGGCAAUCCCGGACCUUUCUAUCUUAUUACCAAUUCCUCCCGGACAGCUAUUUAAAGACGAAAAAGCCGGACAUGUCCGGGGAAAUACGGACGGAUGGUAACCCUAACUUAUGCAGGCUUGGGUCACUUUAUUUUUUAUUUUUUAAUGGUUUGGUCUAAUAUAAUGUGGUCUGUUUGGGCCUAUACUUGUGGUCCACUCAGAAGCUACAGCCGGUGGAAGAUGUUUUGAUAGAUCAGUAAAUAUUAAACCAGUACUUACAUAGA